AUGCAAGAAGAGCUUCCAGAGUGCUUCUGUGUUGUUUCACAGCAAAAAACUUCUGGACCUGAGGUUAUUUGGGCAGCACUGAAGGGAAUUCACGCGUUUGUGUUUGAGAAGCAGCAAAAGGUCACGGAGGAGCCGUCCCCUCGCGAGUUGCUUUUAGCGUGUGAGUCGGCGCUGGAGAAAGUGGGUGGGCAACUGGGGAAGAGGAAACCGUUGGACCUGGCACGUCUGUCCAUGGGGGUGGUGAUUGUUGAGAUUAUCGCACGUUUAACGCGAAUUUUGUUCUGGGGCAUGCUUGCACCGUCCGAGACGCCCCGGCCGCGCAGGAUUAAAUUGCUGGAGGAGGACGGUGAGGAGGUGGAGGGGGUGCUCCUGCCGCGGUUCUUCUUGAAGCUCGCGGUGAGCCCCAUCGUCAUGCGGGAGGUUCUGAUGAAGGCCCCGUGGGAGGUUUUUUUGCGUCGGUACGGCGUAGAGAGCGCGCCGCCAGGGGAAUUUCGGGAGUGCGUCCCGGCUGAAGUGGCGUCUGUUCUCAGUGGCCUUAGGGCGAACUUUGGGUGCGACUUCCUCUUCCACGUUCGCCUUCAAACCGAAUUGACGGGCUCGCACCUGGUGGGGAAUAACAGUGCCGCCGAAGCCAACGACCCGCAUGUGGCUUCUGCAGGGGAUGCCGGCGGCGGCCUCUUAGGGCCGCCGGAAGCCGACGGUGGUAAGAAGCCGGCGGGAUACGGCAAAAAUGUUUCUCGUUUCGGCGCCAAAAGGUGCUGCUCUUCUUCUUUCCCCGGUGCGAGUGCGCCCCCGGCUAGUUCGUGGGAGUGCAAUGUGGCGCGAAAACAUCCUCCGCCGUCGGUGGAACAGUCGCAGGCGCCUUGUGCGGUGCAUUCCCGCCACCGCUUUCCCGCCUACAAGCUGACGCGAAGGCGUCCAGGGAUGCGGCAGGGGACGGGGGCUGGGAACGAGUGUGUGGAUGCCCCCGGCGGCGGGGCCACGCCUCACUCCUCGACUCCCGAGGACGACCGCGCCUCCGCGGAGGAGCACGACGGCGACGCAGAGGUCUUGGCGCCGGAAACCCCGGUAAAGAAGCGAGUGCGACGAGACCAAGGCGUUGUGCCCCCAUCACCUUCACGCCCCACGCAUGGGGGGCUGGCUCGCCUGUUCAACUCAUAG